AUGUCGGAGGAGAAAAGUGCGACGAGUGCCGCCUCUGAGGCAAAGUAUAAUGCUUACGCUGAGGCGGCAGAUCCGGAACGCUACCGUAUCGCUGACGCUUUGCUUUUCACGUGCGCAGAGCACGGUAAGGCGUGCGUUCUGUGCGUCACAGCCGGCAAGAAUGGCCGCAACGGACGCACGGCUGCCGUUGGUGCCACGCUCUUCUGGUUGACUUGCCCGAAUCUGAACGCCAUCAUAGCGAGAUUUGAGGGUCACCGAUGUGUCCAGGCGGUGUCAGCGGCGAUGGCGCAGCUGCCGUGUCUCUGUGACUGGCACGUGCAGUCGCACGACGUGUACGCGAGUCGCGCCAAGGAGCUGCUCUCGCCAGCACAGUGGUGUUUUUUCGAGGCCCACUUUCUCUCCCACGAGCAGCCGUCCCUGCGCAAGUACGGCAAUGCCGCGGCGAGCCAUGCUGCGGACAUAAAGUGCCUGCACGCCCUCGUCGCCCAGACCUUGGCGGGUGUGGCGAACCCUGUUGGCUCGGUUGUCGUCAACUACAUCCUCCUGCAGCAUCAGCUCGUCCGUGAGGCGGCCGAAAUGAGAAAACCUGAGGAACAGGGAGUCGAAGAGAGGCGGCUCUCGAUGAAGGCUACGUUGGACAGCACGUGGUUGUUUUCGGAGUUCGCGACGGCUUUUGUGAGGGCAGCGUCGGAGCGACCUCGCGACGACUGGCAUGGUCUCCACAACGUGUACUUCGAAGUCCCGCUUCCUGAAGGAAACAUUUGGUGCAAAAGAGCCGUUCAAUACAUGUGGCGGGACGAUUCUCAGCUAGCGACCCUCUGCCCCGAUCUCUGCGUGCGGGCACUGACGGUGCUCGUUGCGUUAGAAGGCCACUCGCGGCGCCGACACAAGAAGCACCGCAUCAACUGA